AACUAAGGAAAAAACCUAAUAAUACGAUCAGCUCGGAGAGUUCUAUCUCUCCCGUGGACUAGUCCCGAUCUCGGGGAAACCACGUAAAUCGUGUGUCUCAGUUCCUUCUUUGUUUUUCGUAUACGUAAUUAAGAGCGUUUGAUACUGGCUAACAUGGUAUCAGAGCUAUCGUCUAUGGAUUCUGAUAGGAUUUCUGUUCGGUUGAACUCCAAGAACUAUGCGCUAUGGGAGUUCCAGGUUCGCAUCUUCAUUGAAGGCAAGGGCCUUCUUUCGUUUCUGGAUGGUACAUCGGCAAGGCCAACUGUUCCACCGUCAACUGCCGAAGAACUGACGAGGUGGACGCAGACUGAUGCAAGGGUGAAGGCCUAUCUGCUGGCCACUAUCGAUCCAACCAUUUGUUUGGGUCUCCGUUUGCUUCGAUCGGCGAGGGACAUCUGGGUACAUCUCGCCCAAACAUAUACCACAACUGAUCCUGCGCGUCAAUUUGAAAUUACUUUUGCAUUGGCGCGUCUUGAACAGGGAGAGAUGGAUGUGACUUCAUAUUACAAUGAGGCACAAUUAUUAUGGACGGAACAGGAUUUGCUGACCGCGGCCUUGUGCUCUGCUACCGCCUCGGCCGAGGUGAUUCAAGAUCGUCAGCGAACUCGGUUGAUGCAGUUUCUCAGCCGUCUCAAACCGGAGUUCGAGUCCGUUCGCGCUAAUCUAUUGCAGCGUGAAAAUCUGAAGCUGGAUGGUAUUUUGACUGCUCUUGUUCGAGAAGAAACACGUCUACGGACGCAGGCGCAGCUGGAUCUUCGGCCGGGGGCUGGGGAGGCUGUCUUUGCGGCGGUAGCCGACUCACUGACUGCCGCGAGUUCUGGACAACGAAGGUCGACACCGCCGGUGAGUGCAGACGAAGCCUUUGCUGUGAAUCGGCCUCAAUUUCACCGUCGCACCUCUGAGAUUGUUUGUCACCAUUGUCGUCAAGCUGGUCAUCUUCAGAAGUUCUGUAGGCAAAAGAACUUUUGCGUGUACUGCAAAAAGAAAGGGCAUAUCAUCACUGAUUGCCGUCUCAUUCAGCCUCGUCAGUCCGGUUCCAGCUCGCAUAUGUCUGCUUCUCCUGCUACUGGGGGUGCGUACGCUGUCCAACCUGCUGCUGUCCAAGUUCCAACUCCACCGACAGGACAGUACAUGACUUCUGAAGCUGUCGAACAGCUUGUAAACUCUGCCCUUCAGCGUUCGUUGCCCACGGCCAUUACUAGCGCAUUUGCUACACUUCAAAAGGCUGGUACGUCUCUUCCUUGGCUUUUGGAUUCAGCCUGUUUCAAUCAUAUGACAGGUCACUCUAAAUUGUUUAAGGAAUUAAGUUCAGCUGCUACAAGUUCUGUUCAGGUGGCAAAUGGCCAAAGGUUAUCGGUUAAAGGUGUUGGUCCCAUUGAGACACCUAGCAUGAAUUUGUCUAAUACCUUAUGCGUUCCGAAUCUUGUUCCUAAUUUGGUGUCGGUUGGGCAACUUACUGAGCAAAAUUGUCGUGUUGUGUUCGAUGCCUCUGGUUGUGUGGUUCAGGAUCUGAAGACGGGGAGGCAGAUCGGAAGGGGGAGUAAGCAUGGGCGUGUUUUUCAGCUUGAAGAACUGUCGGGUCAACCUUCAUCGGGUCAUCUUUCUUCUAGUCUCGAGUCUAGUUCGUCUCCUGUCUUUUCUAGUUUGAACAAUAAUGAGUUUGAUUUGUGGCAUUCUCGUCUUGGUCACCCUCAUUCGAGUCGGCUUGUAACCAUGUUUAAACAACAACUCUUUGGGAAUAAGAAGGUUGAUAUUUCUUCAAGUGAUUUUCGGUGUACUAGCUGUGUUGAAGCAAAAUCUACUCGUAGUUCAUUUCCCUCUAGUACUACGGUUAUAUCAGAACCCUUUCACAUCGUUCAUACCGACCUUUGGGGUCCAGCUCCCACUGAUUCGAGACAUGGUUACAAGUAUUUCGCGUUAUUCGUUGAUCAUGCCACUCGUUUUACUUGGGUGUAUUUUCUUAGACUCAAGUCCGAUCUUUAUUCUGUUGCCACUGAUUUUUUAAAAAUGAUUCAGACUCAAUUUGGUCAAACCGUUCGUAUAGUUCGCUCUGAUCCGGGUGGGGAGUUCAGUUCUCAUCCUUUAGAUCGUCUGUUCCGCUCUCAGGGUAUAUUAACUCAGAAAUCUUGUCCCGGUGUCUCCCAACAAAACGGUCUUGUAGAGCGUAAGAAUCGUCAUGUUGUAGAGUUGACUAGAGCCAUGUUAUUAGCCUCUCAUGUUCCCGCUAGAUUUUGGCCUGAAGCUGUAGCCACUGCUGUUCGACUCAUAAACUACCAAAUUACUCCUGUUCUGGGUCAACUUAGUCCUCACUAUGCAUUGUUCAAAACGCAUCCCGAUUACUCUCGUCUUCGAGUAUUCGGCUGCACUUGUUUCGUUCUUCUUCCUAGAAAAGAUCGGUCUAAGUUGUCCUCCAAAACUUCUCGCUGUGUAUUUCUUGGCUAUAGUGACAUCCAUAAAGGGUAUCUUUGUUACGAUCCCUCGGUUCAACGUCUUCGUAUCUCUUGUGAUGUCGUUUUCUUUGAGAGGCUUAUGUUCUACUCUAGUCCUCCUGAUACCUCUAUAUUCGUGUCUGAGGUGACCCGGCUACCCAUGUUCGACGAUGAUGAUGAGGUUGAUGAUAUCCUCUCCCUCCCCCCCGACUCGCCUGCCCCGACGGUGUCCAGUGAUAGCUCUCCCGCGUCGUCGUCUUCGUCGACUUCCAGCAGUUCCUCAUCUGCCGCGGAUGAUUCUGAUUCUCCGCCAUCGACGCCGCCAGCUCCUCGGCGGUCCCUUCGAGCUACCAAGGGGCAGCUGCCCAUUCGGUAUCAUGAUUUUGUUUCAUAUCAUGUUGAUGCUUUCACAAUUCCCACUUCGUAUAAGCAGGCCAUGCUCGACCCCAACUGGAAUGCAGCCAUGCAGACGGAAUUUGAUGCUCUACAUGCCACUGGUACGUGGGAAGUUGUUGAUCGCCCUCCAGAACCGGUCACCAUUCUCGGCAAUAGGUGGGUCUAUGCUGUGAAGGUCAAGGCAGAUGGGACUCUUGAACGGUUUCGGGCUCGACUUGUGGUACAGGGGUUUGGUCAAGAAUAUGGACUUGAUUAUGACGAGACGUUCGCGCCGGUUGCUAAAAUGCAAACAGUCCGCACCCUUCUUGCUGUUGCAGCUGUUCGUGGGUGGCCGUUAUUUCAGUUAGACGUUAAAAAUGCGUUUCUACAUGGCGAUUUGAAGGAAGUUGUCUACAUGAAGAGGCCCCCUGGGUAUACUGUUGGCCGCGACGAUCAGGUUUGUCGACUGCGGCGUUCUUUAUAUGGGCUCAAACAAGCACCCCGUGCUUGGUUUGAGAAAUUUCAGUCUACUGUUCUUGCUCUUGGGUUUAAGCAAAGUACCAAUGAUCCGUCUCUGUUCUUGAGGUCUUCUUCGGCAGGUAUUAUUGCUCUUCUUUUAUACGUGGACGACAUGAUCAUCACUGGGGAUGAUGCGUCCGGGAUUACUCACCUGAAGGAAGGUCUCCAUGCUUCGUUUACACUGAAGGAGUUGGGUUCUUUGUCUUAUUUUCUCGGUUUGGAAAUUACUAGAUCAUCUCGUGGUAUUCUUCUCAGUCAGCGGAAGUACAUUGCCGAUUUACUCUCGUCUGCUCAGUUCGGUGAUUGUAUUCCAGUUACCACCCCCAUGGAGGUUAAUCUCCAUCUUGCUCGCGAGUCCGGUGUCCCACUAGUGAAUCCGUCCCAGUAUCGUCAUCUGGUUGGUAGCUUGAUUUAUCUUACUCAUACUAGGCCCGACAUAUCGUUCGCAGUUCAUGUGGUGAGUCAGUUUAUGUCGGAUCCGAGGGUGGAUCAUCUGGCUGCAGUUCAUCGGAUACUCAGGUAUUUGCAGGGUACUCGCGAGGUUGGACUCUUUUUACCGGCUACUGGUGAUUUUCGUUUACAGGCUUACUCGGAUUCUGACUAUGCUGGAUGUGUUGAUACUCGCCGGUCGACUACCGGUUGGUGUGUUCAGCUUGGUGGAGCCUUUGUUAACUGGCGGUGUAAGAAGCAAGAUAAAGUCUCCAAAUCCUCCACCGAAGCUGAAUAUCGUGCCAUGUCGGAUGUAGCCUCGGAGCUUGUGUGGAUGCAGCGGUUACUUCUUGACUUGGGCGUGUCUUGUCCUUCUCCAAUCACUCUUCAUGUUGACAAUACCAGUGCGAUACAGAUUGCCGUCAAUCCUGUCCUUCAUGAUCGGACAAAGCAUAUCGAGGUUCACGUCCACUAUGUUCGCGAUCUUGUUCAUGAAGGUUUCCUUGUGGUUCGUCAUGUCUCAUCGGCUGACCAGCUCGCCGACUUAUUCACGAAGCCCUUCCAUCGUUCUCGUCAUAUGUCAUUGUCGGACAAAUUGAUGCUUCGGGACCAGCAUCAAUUUGGGGGAGGCUGUUAGUGAUAUUGGGCUUGGCCCAAUUAGAGUACGUGCAUGAACAGAUUAUGGGCACGGAAUUAACCCUAGGCGAAGCUUGAGGAGAGCUAGGGUUAGCAAGCUGUAUAUAUGUAACACGAGUCUUGUAAGCCGAACUAAGGAAAAAACCUAAUAAUACGAUCAGCUCGGAGAGUUCUAUCUCUCCCGUGGACUAGUCCCGAUCUCGGGGAAACCACGUAAAUCGUGUGUCUCAGUUCCUUCUUUGUUUUUCGUAUACGUAAUUAAGAGCGUUUGAUACU